CUCGCCAACGUUGCAUGUCAAUUGAUUGCAGGUCGCAAACGCCGGCCGAAAAUGCGUGAAAAACGCGCUCGACGCCGCCGCCUGUCCAUCAUCAUCAUCAUCAUUAAACAGUAUCCCCCUCUGUUUCCUCUAAUAAAAGUAUUGCCAGGUGGGUGUGAAAGGGAACCGGCACACUCUGUUAUAUAUUAGACAGGGAACGUCAUUCCUUCUCGUCGACGUCAUUCGACUGUGUCGUCAUUUGCAGCUCCUGCUCUGCAGCUCGACGACCACGGCUCUGGCAGGUUGCUCGACACCGCUCGCGCCGUCGAAGAACCCAUGUCUGACGUCUCUCCGAAACCCGCCCCUUCUCAGCCUCAGCCCACCAUGACGUCCCCCCCUGCCCCAUCAAAUGGGGCGGUCGUCUCCACCCAUGCACAGCUCGCAGCUCUCCUUGCCGCCAGCUAUCAAGAAAAAGAAUCUCUCCAAAAAGAACUCGUCUCCGCUCGAAAACGUCUUGAAUCUCUCGACCGUCAGCUUGCCGCAUUCUCAAAGUCUUCCUCUUCGUCCUCCCCAAAUGCCAGCUCAGCUGCCAUCUCUGAUGUCGCUCAGCGCUACAUCCAGGAGGCCGAGCUACGUGCAGAACGUGCGGAACUCGCCCGUGAUGAAGCAGAUGCUCGCAGUCGGGUUAUCACAGAGGCUUGGGAAGAACUCCAUCGAUAUCUGGCCACGCUCGAUUUUCGCUCCCAAGAUGCUCGAGCGGGCUUUGCGCGCAUCAUGGCCGAAGGUGGAGGUCAACUCGUCCUUGCACCUCCCCCCGCGUUUGGUUCGCAUCAUAGCCAUUACCCCCUUCACACCCCUCCCUCUGCCACCAGCCCCGCUAUCAUGCUUAUCCCUCCAUCCCAGUCCCGUUCCCACCACAGACAUUCCUCCACUCCGUCAUCUCAUCCCCCCUCUGCGACCUCUCAUCCUCCUCCUCAAAAUGCGUCCCCAUCACGUGUCAGACCUAGAUCGAACAGCUUCGACGAUCAAUCUCCCUACCUCUCUGCGCCGGGUCAACCACCCGCCAAACGGCACCGCAGCGAUCGUGGAGAGUAUGACCACCAUCCCCAUCUGAAUUCCUCUUCACUGCGCUCUCGUGGCCGCCCAACUGAUAUCGACGUUCAUGCUGCACAUCGCUCGUCCCAUCGUGACCUCGCGUCACCACAUCUCUCCGUGCAACCCACCUCCUAUGUACACCGUCCAUCUCAUGUGGUUCAUUCUCGCUCAUCUUCGCGCUCGUCACAGCACUCCCUCUCCAUCGACGAGAUGCUCCUCGAGGCAUCGACAGAUGAUCCCCGACCACGGAACAACGAGCCACCAUCCCCUCGAGUCGUUUUGGCACACCACCAACACCCGACCUCCCAUCACAAUUCGGUAACAGCUUCAUCAAGAGGGCUGGUUAAUACACCCACGGUUGGUCCGCUGGAGCAGCCGGGUGAAUUGAGGACAUAUCAGACUCACGUUUUUGCACCCCCCGUUACGGGUGCACCUACGAAGAAAGGGAAGAUGAGUUUGGCUAACGGGGCACCUACGCUACCCACGCCGUCAAACACGUCGACAUCAUCGACAGCACCCCCACAAACUCCCACGACAUCGCACCCUCUCGCGUCUUCAACGUCAGCCAAUCUCUCUCAUCCCCAUCCACACCAUGUUGGGACUGCGCACGGCCACCCCCAGCAACAGCCGCCGCAACCGACGGUUCAUCGUACUCCCGCAGGAACUUAUCCCCCGACAAAUUCGCUCGGUCAACGCAUCUGUCGUCAAUGCGGACUUGUAGGGCGGUACAAGGAAGGGAAAUGCGUCGAGAAGUGGGGUCCUGGGCCCGAGGGGCCUGGUACCGUUUGCGACCGGUGUCGAAAGAAGAUGAAAAGGGUCGAACGGAGAGGUACACUCGGGGGCGUUGGCGGCGUUGCCGCCGGUAAUAUCACCAGCGGUGUUUCCAGUGUCGACCAGCAAAUAGGUGGUCAGCAUCAGGGAGGAAACGGAGUGAACCAGCUAACGCAUGCGCAUACGAUGCCCGCAAGGGUUUCCAGGAGUGACACUGUUCCUGCACACGUUCUUCCUAGUGCUUCCGUUGGCAACGGUGACGGAAACGGAGGUGGGUCGGUCGGCCCGACUGGAACGCGGAUUAUCGGUUCAGCGGCCUUCGGGGGUAAGCGAGAUAGAGACCGAGAUAGAUAUCCUGUUUCUCAGCCACACUCUCCGCACCCAUAUGCUCAUGGACAAAGUCAGGGUUUGUCACCUUCGCAACGGCCUACUACGUCGGGUUACGCGACUACCUCCCCCCCUUCUGCCACUGGGUCCAAAGAUCCCACCUCAACGCCUGGCACAGCACACCGGCCUAGUUCGAUAGAGGGCCACGGUCAGACUUCUCUGCCCUCCCCACCAGCGAUCGCGACGCUCCCCCUUGAUGACGAUUGCCGACCUUCUGCUCCCGCUCGAUCGUUACUCUCCAGUCCUCCGAGUGGGAGUGGUACCGGAGCGAGAGCAUCAGUUCAGGGACCGAGAUCCGUGACAGGGGCCUUGAGCGUACAGCGGGAAAGGGAUUCUCGACAACGAGCGGCGGGCACUGUCAAGGCAAGAGGAAGGGCCAGCGACUCCAGUAGUGGGAGUGGCAGCGUAGAUGUUGAUGCUGAUGCUGAUGCAGACGGUGAGGAUGCAGAUGCAGAUGGGGAGGAUGCCGAUGCCGACCCGGACGCGGACCCUGAUGCGGAGACGCGAUUGAACGAACCCGACAAUGAAGAUGACGAGGUAAUGAAGGAGCACGACAAUGGUGACGAAGGGGAAGAUGCCGAUAAAGAUGCCGAAAUGGAACUUCUCAAAGCCGUCGACGCUGCUGAGAAGAGUAACGUCUCGCGAGCGAGUGGGAGCACUGGGAGUAGGGCUGUUGGAGGUGGGAACACGCGCGAAGCAUCAGCCCGGUUUGGUGGGCGAGGCGGGAUCAGUGCGCAGAGAAGCGGCAUAAGUGUGAAGGGUGAGUGAGGUCCAUUGCGCUCGUGGCCCCAACUUGCUUGUGUGGUUGGGAAACUCGUUUCCGGUAGUCCUAUGGCGGAUUUCCUCAGAUACCAGGAUG